AUGUCGCUUUUAGAUAAACCUCUGAUGCACCUCAGCCUUCUUCCUAAACUCUCCCAACAACUAUAUCUCUCUGUCGAAGCGACGAGGUCGCCUUCCAUUGAAGUGUCCUCUUUUGAAGAUAAAGGGAGUGUCCGCGCCAUCAUGGCACCGCUCCGAUCUUCUCGUUCAACGAGAAACCAAGAACACAACCCAACGCCACGCAAUCGUGCUGGCUUACCCGAUUUCGACGUGACCGAAGGCUUGCCAGUGCGGCGAUGGGAGCGAGUAUCUGUCAAAAUCAGCCAAGACGCCCCCGCUGACCAAGCGGAUGGAAACGAUCAAUCAACCGAGAACAAUGACGGCAACUUUCCUUGGACUGAGCACCCUCUCCCAUCCUACUGGCCGCUACUUCCACCACAUAAUCAGGAAAUGGUUCGUCGCGCGCGCAUGGGCAAUACCAACGCAAAGCUGUCGGUCUGGGAUCCGAAGACCGAAAGCUACAUUCCCGGUAUCGAACUCGAGCGGCGCGAGGCAGCAAGAAAGGCUCAACUGAGCAAGUCCAAACACACUCACACCAGCAAUGUCGACGCGAUCAACGUUGACGACGAAGAAGACAAGAACGAAGAAGACAACGACGAUCUCAUGGACGUCGACGGUCUAGGACCUGAUCCAAAACGCCGCAAGGCAACCCAUGGCUCAAACGAACGAGUCUUUGAAAUUAAGAAGUGGGUCCAGAUUCCUGCUGCCGUGGCGGAAAAGAUGCCAGAACCGAAAUACCUUGCCGACCGCCGUCCUGGAAUGGAGAGUCUCUACAAAGGCGCAUACAAAGCCACGAACGGAUUUGGGACGUUGGGAGACAUGACUGCCGGAGACAUGGUUGUCGCCGUAAUGACAGGUCGGACUACGGGAUACGACCUUGGAGAUGGUAGCGGACUCGGAAAUGCUGCUGGCAUUCUCGCUCCAGGGUCUGGACCCGGCGCACACACUGCACAACCAGACGGCACAGCUACGCCCGUCCGAAAGAAUAUGCCUCCGAGGCGUAAGAAGAAGAAGAUCGGUGGCCCUGGGAGGAAGCCUAAGAACCCGAAUCCCGAGCCCUCUGCCGCCGCUACUGCAUCUGCCGCUACUACCACCGUGUUUGAGAAUGCUGCCGCCGAUGACGCCGCCGCCGCAAGCACCGUCGAUGGAGACGUGACCAUGAGAAACACACCCGAGACAGCCGGUGAAGGCGCAGAAAAUGCAGACGGAACGACGCCUGCUCUUAUCGAAGGCGAGGCUAGUACCCAGGCGUACGCGGAAGGCUCUGGGUCGGAGAGCGAUGGAGAAGGAAGUGAGGAAGGGGAGAUCGCCUCCGUCGUCGUCGCCGCCGCCGCGGCGCCUGCUACAGCUCCUGCUGAUGCUGCCGCGCAAGAAUUCAUCCUCUCUAAAGCAGUGCAGGACGCUGCCACGGCUGAGGCAGGCGGCGCUCCUGAAGAAGAAAAGGACAAGAAAGAAGAAGAGGAAGCCGUUGUUCCCGCCGUUGCUGCUGCUGGUGUUUCGCUUGGUGCCGUGGACCCCGAUCUUGAAACUGGAGUUGACGCGGAUACGGAUGCCAAUGCUGUCCCGCCCUCUGUCCCGCCCUCUGCCCCGCCCUCUGCCCCAGUCAUUGAGCAGGAGGCCAACAAGAAACAACACGAAGGCGAGGAAAUAGAUGUCUUGGGAGCGCUCGAAGCUGCAGUGGACAAAGAGGCUGGCGAGGAUGCCUAG